AUGUCGUUCGCAAGCACACCUGUGACGCGCACUCUGGUGCUAGGACUGGUCACCGCCUCAGUCGCAGCCAGCCUUUUCGACGUCAAGCACUACUUUUACAUCUCGGUCAGCACACACAUCUUGCAGUACCGCCAGACAUGGCGCACUCUGAUCUGGCAGCUGUGCUAUACCAACUCAUCCGAGGUGCUUGUUGCGGCUAUGGCGCUGUACAACCUACGGGUUGUUGAGCAGCAGUGGGGGUCAAGGAAAUACGCUUCCUUUAUUUUGGUAUCUGGCCUUCUCACAUCCCUCAUACCUCCUAUUGUCCUCACGGCAAUCAUCCGCCCCCUGAGCUGGGGUGUAAUCGACUUCCUCCCCGCGGGACCGACACCUAUCAUCUUUGCCAUUCUAGCGCAAUACUAUGCCAUGAUCCCGCACAUCUACCAGUACAAGGUUGCCCUCACCACAGGCGCCCCAACUAGCAACGACGACGGCGCCGCACUGAGUUUCUCAGACAAGUCAACGAAGUAUCUCAUGGCGCUGCAGCUCGCACUCUUCCAAUGGCCCGGCUCACUUCUUGGCGCCGGUGUUGGCUGGCUGGUGGGACAAGCCUGGCGGAGUGAGUUGCUGCCCGGCGCACUCACACAAUGGCGUGUACCAGGAUGGGUCGUGGGGUUGAGGGGCCAGAAGAGCAGUGACAGGUUCGAGGGUAUGCGGCGGAGGCUGGAAAGUGAGGGUGCCUCGACGGGGACGGCAUCUGGCGCGCAUCCUCAGACCGGCACCGAUGCUAACCGACGUAGGACGAUGGGGCAGCAGCUUAUGGAUGAGGUACGUGGUGCGUUUUGA